UAGACGUGACUUAGUGAAUAGAUGCAUUCAAAUUUAAUCAAAAUUGAGACAUCUUUUUGUUGGAUGGAGAAAGUAGUUGGGUAGACUUGAUUGAACUAACAUUAUCAUCGACCGUUCAAUUCCGGAUAAAAAUGGCAAUGACACACAGAUUACGUCCUGUCUGGAUGUAUUCGGACCUAGAAUUCGGAAUUGGCCUUGUCCCAGCUCCAAUUCAUAUUUUUGGACGGUUACAUUAUUCGGUCCCAGGAAACCCGUUGAAUACCGAAAUUCGAAUUGCUCGUCCCCCUCCGCCAAUUCGCCCCAGCGGCCCAGCCGCCGCCCUCCCCGCGGAGCAGACGAGACGGAGGCGACCCCAUGGAUUCGACGGCGGCGCGCAAGUUGUGCUGAUAGCCGCCGCGGGCUCGCCGCUCCUUCUAGCUGCUGACGUGCCGCUGCGCCGCCGCCGCCCCUGCUGCUGCCCUCAACGCCUGUCUGGUCGCCGCCGAGCAGAGCAGAUAAAAAAUGGCCACCAAUAGAAGCACUCGCAGCAGAAGUAGGACAGGUGGUUCCAGAGUUGGAAGCUCCGACUCGAAUGCGGGCAGUAGUACUGAAUGCUGCUCGUCUAGCAACAACCAUGUCAUGGUUACUCCACGCCGGUCGCCGCGGUUUGCUAGCUUGGAUCCGGAGCAUCCCAUUGUGCUUGACAAGGCAAGUGAGGAAUGUAAAGUCGGGGGUAACCAAUCAGCUCUUACGCCCCUCCAGAGAUCUGCACGGUUGCAUCGAGGUGAUAAGAGUCCAAGCAAGCUCUUAGUGGAAAAGGGAAGUUACCUGAAACAGCUGCCGUUGACACAAAAUCCCCGGGUUAUUGCCCAUAAUAGGAAGACUCAAUCAGCUAUUACGCCCCUCCGGAGAUCUGCACGGUUCCAUCAAGGUGAUAUGAGUCCAAGCAAGCUCUUAGUGGAAAAGGGGAGUUACCUGAAACAGCUGCCGUUGACACCAAAUCCUCGGGUUAUUACCCAUAACAGGAAGACUCAAACUAUUGUUAACAAAGACAAGAGACGAGAGAAUCCAACAAGGAGUAGCCAGAGAAUUGCUGCAUUAAAGGCUUCGGCUAGGAUGAAAACACACAAGGAGCCCCGGACAUUGUUUCAAGAUUCCCAAGAUGUUCCUCCCAGGAAAAAGACUGCAGAUGCAUCCUACAGUAUGAGUGAGAUGCAACAGCUAAAGCCCAGUUAUUGUGAGGAUCUGACAAGAAAGAGGAAGAGAGGCACUGAAAGAAAGCCGACAUCAAGGAAGCUAAGUCACCAGGAGCCCAAAUCUGGUUGUCAAAAAAUUGCUCCUAUCACUGAAACCAGAAAUAUCAUUCGCAAAAAGAGUGAAAAUGAUCCUUCUUCCAUAAUGGAGCCUAAAAUUAGUGAUGAUACAUUGAUGAACACCAAGGAGUGCAAAGAAGAGCCAUUUGGGAUUAAAAGAGGAGUAGAGCAACAGCUUUGUGCUUCAGAUCAUUGGACAGAAGAGCAGGACUUGACAUUGCGCCAGGCUUACUUCACCGCUCGACCAUCACCACAUUUCUGGAAGAAAGUUUCCAAAAUGGUGCCAGGGAAAUCUGCUGAAGAGUGUUUCAACAGAGUUCAUGCUGACCUUUCAACGCCCACUCCGAUUGCCCCUCGUCCUCGAGCAAGUAAAACACAGUUUUCGCCUCUAGGGCAUUUCACAUUGUCCGACCCAAAAUUUCCGAAUCUCUUGGAACCUCUAGUGGGAAGACAAAGGACCGCCAAACAGAAGAGCCUAGCAGCACAAAAGACAGUGAGACAUUUGCUGAAGAAGCAUUCCCUCAUUGACCAAGCUCAAGAGGCUGAUCACUUCUCGGUAUUUGAAACAUCACCAUCUGCUUUGCAAUUGAACAUUCCGCUUGAGGAUUGUCCUGGGACCCCUGACAAUUAUCUAAAUUCCUGUGCCCUGCACAAGGGCGACAUGAGUUCUAGAGCACGUAAGAGACCAUUGUCAAGGUUGAAAACUAAGCAAGAUGAACCGAGCCCAGCAGUUCUGAAGCCUGUAAAGAAUGCUAUUUUACAUGAGAAGUACAUUAAUCAGUUGUCACGUAGAGAAGAAGGCGCAAAAAAGCCUCGGAAAAAGGCUGCUGGCACCAAUGCAACUGAUCCUGAGAGGCCUGUUUCGGGGCAGCAAGCUGGUGGUCUGAGGGCUGCAAAGGACGCUCUCAUAUCAGAAGCAACAGACUUCAUAUGCCAGUUUAAGAAGUCACAAGCCAAUUCCCUUGCGCACCUUCUGGAAAAUAGUGAAGAUGAUGAAGAUAAUUGUAAUAUAUAGUGGUUCCAAGGUGCUUCUAGCUUUCCCCUCGAUGUUAAAGCAUAACUAUUUAUUACUUUAGUUAGUAGAGUAAGACUAAGAGACUGACGAUGAUUUGUGGCAGUCCACCAAGCAGCGGCUGCUUGUGCAUGUGCAUAUAUGCCCACAUAAGUGGUAAAGAUAAGUACGCAUUCAGUGACUA